UUCCUCCCAAUCACACCUUUUCUUUUCGGUUUUUUAUCACUUCUACUCAUCUUGUAACUUGUUCAGCUAAAGAAGGCCAUGGCAACUGCAUCUGCAUCGGCUACGUUUUCUCCGGCGAGUGCAGUUACCGGCACGGCCAUCAGGUCUUCCCAGAGAAGGGCCACGAAAGUGAAUUACAUUAGUGGGUUGAACUCGUUUGGAGGGCUUAAGGCGCAUAACAAUGUAUCCACUCUGGGCGUCCCUGUUUGCACUGACCACUCAUUUGCUAAGAUUGUGAGCUCACUCAGAGACCCGUCACGGGGCAGAGGGAGAGGCGGCGGAGCUCUCUCUUCUACCUGCAGUGCCGUGGCGGAGAUUUUCAGGAUUGCGGCCAUCAUCCCUGGGCUUGUUCUGGUUGGGGUUGCCGUCGGCUUUGUUCUCCUUCGCCUCGAAGCUACUCUCGAGGAAGCUGAGUGAGAGAGAUGAUGCUUCAAUUCACUGCUAAUCAAGAUUAGCUCUGCUCUGAUUCUCCAUUCAUUCCUUAUAUACAUAUCUAUGCUUAUUGUGACAGAUUUGAUUUCAUUUGUUUUUGGUCACGUUAUAUAUAUCAUCAAAAUAGUAAAGCCUGCUCAUUUCUCCUUCUCAUUACCUUAAUUAGUACAUCACACUGUUGUUGUUUGCUUCUAUGUAAGCUUCAAAUUCUGUUAUGAUUUUAACAUGAAAAUCUUUAAUGAAGUCAAAGAAGGGAUUUUUCAGAUGGAAAA